AUGUACCCGACGUUCUCGGACAACCCGAACACGCUAGACCCGCUAUGGGGGGAAGGCCAGCCGCUGGAUGUGCUCUGCUACCUGUCGCCUCGAUCGAAGUGGGACGCGGCCAGGGACUUUAGCGCGGGAGCCGUGCACGUGGGGGCCUUCAAGUCGCUCACGUUCGACUGGGACAUCUCCAACUCCAGGCACCUGAACCUCAACAUAUCUCGCCAGACACUAGCAGAGCUGGCGAACGACAAGCGGACGGCUAAUCAGCUGUGGGGCGCGCUGAAGGGCAACGCCUCCGUGUUCCUGCACGUGCACGUGACGCACGCUGGGUUUUCGCCAGACCCGAGGGACACGGAGAACUUCGACAAGUACAGAACCAUCCACCAGGCUUUGAGUCUGGUGAAGUAUGCACCAAGGCCUAACGCAAAGAACACAAGUUUACUGCUGGCUCCCGCUGAGCCACACGUGGGACUCAAGACGGAUGCGAAGGAAGAAGAAGCUUCGACGAUUUCGUAUUGGAAACCCGCUGCUAGUGUGAGAAUGGUGACGGACUUCACGCGGUAUCCAGUGGAAGAGCUACCGGUUAUGGUGUACCAGAACCUGCGCUACGUGCAGCACCCGAUGGAUCAGCGUUGGCGCUACUUGCCAGCGCUGUACGUGGAUGAUCUAUCACAGACACAGGACAAGCUUGUUCCGCUGAACGCUACGAUGAACGAUGGUAACGGUGGAGACGUCGUCCUUCCUCUGCAGUUAUCGUGGUCGCCACUGUCAUUUGCGCGUUGGCAGAUGCAGCUUACCUUUGCAACUGUCUUUGUUUCGCAGGAGCAAAUGGGUGUGCCUUCGAGCGAUUUAGAUGCUCUCCGCUCGAUGGUGACCGACACGCAUCCUGUGCUCCUGGCUGUGACGAUGAGUGUAUCCCUGCUGCACCUGCUGUUCGACUGGCUGGCUUUCCGUCACGACGUGUCUUACUGGCGCGCUAAAGGAGAUAAUGUCGUCGGCGUUUCCCUACGCGCCAUGGCAGCUGAACUGGGCUCGCAGUCCGUUGUCCUGCUAUAUCUUGUUGACCAGGAGUCGACGCUGCUCGUGACGGGUCCACAGUUUAUCAGUGUCGUCCUGCUCGUUUGGAAAGUAACCAAGGUUUGGCGCGCUCAGCGUCGUCAUCUGCGGUUGCUAGAGGAGACUCAACGAGCCGACUCCUUGGCCACAUCACAUAUGCUGUUUAUACUCGCGCCGCUGGCUGCUGGAUACGCCGUCUACUCGCUUCUCUACGUGCCGCAUGCUGGAUUGUAUGCCUGGCUACUGGAGUCGCUCACAACGACAGUUUACGCUUUGGGCUUCGUGUUCAUGCUCCCGCAGCUGGUUAUCAACUACCGCCUCAAAUCCGUUGCCCAUUUGCAGUGGCGACUGCUAGUCUACCGUGCGCUCAACACGUUCAUCGACGACUUGUUCGCGUUCGUCAUCAAGAUGCCGACGCUGCACCGCAUCUCGUGCUUCCGCGACGACAUCGUGUUCGUCGUCUACCUGUAUCAACGAUGGAUUUAUCCUGUGGAUACCCAGCGCCCUGGAGACGCUGCCGACGGCGCACCAGCAACGGAACCAUUCUCCAAGCCCCACAGCGAAUAA